UCCAACAUGGCGGCAUCCAUUUCGGGUUAUACUUUUAGUUCUGUGUGUUUUCACAGCGCCAAUAGCAAUUCAGAUCAUGAGGGCUUCCUACUUGGAGAAGUGAGACAAGAAGAGACUGUCAGUAUCAGUGAUACACAGAUCAGCAGUGCAGAAUUGCUCCAGGUAGUAGAAAUCCAUAACCAUGUACCUUGUGCACAAUUAUUUAGCUUUUAUGACUACGCAGGCAAAGUCAACGAGGAAAGUCUUAACAGAAUGCUUAAAGAUAGGCGAAAAAAUGUCAUUGGCUGGUACCGGUUUCGGAGAAACACACAGCAGCAGAUGUCAUUCAGGGAACUGAUUAUCCACAAGCAGCUGACUCAGCUACUGGGCGUGCCGGACCUCGUCUUCCUCUUAUUCAGUUUCAUCUCCACGGCCAACAGCUCCACACACGCUCUGGAGUAUGUGCUCUUCAGACCCAACCGCAGCAAGUACAGCCAGAGAAUCACCCUCACUAUUCCCAACCUUGGUAACACCAGCCAGCAAGAAUACAAAGUCUCAUCAGUACCCAACACCUCACUCAACUAUGCCAAGGUCAUCAAAGAGCAUGGGGCUGAAUUUUUUGACAAAGAUGGUGUAAUGAAGGAUAUCCGAACAAUAUUCCAAGUCUACAGUGCACUACAAGAAAAAGUGCAGGCUGUGUGUGGGGAGGUUGAACAAAGUGAAUGUGUGAAGGAGAAAAUUCAAGAGGAGGUGAACAAACUCAAACAACAAAUUGCUCUCAGGAAACGGAAGACAGCAGAAGAAGAGAGAAGGCUCCAGGAGGCCCAGAUUGCAGAGUCCCAUCCUACCCCAGAGGAAAACGUAGAACCGCUUGAGACCUCCCUCCUGUCCAGGGUAGCAUUCCAAAGCCCCCCUACCCCGGAGCGGCCUGGUACCACUCCUAAUCCCCCUUCUUACACUGACCUCUUGUCCCAGGAGGACUCUCUGCUCUCUUCCUCCUCUCCUACCAGUGCUGCUUUGCUUCCCCGGCCCCAGGCUGUGGGCUCCCCAGGCCACCCUACCCCUGGCCCUGUUGCAAUGGGCCUGGGCCUAGGCUUAGGCCUUGGGCUGGGCCUUGGAGCUAGUUCUAAUCCUGGACCCACUCCUAGUACCCCAUACCUUGGUAAUGGGGACGGCUCAAGCUCUGAUUCCCUUGACAGACAAGCUGCAGGGCAGGAGGACGACGAGGAUGAUGAAGAUGAUGACGAUGAGGAUAGUAGUGAGUACGAGAACUUGGUGAGUGAAGCCACUCAUUUGCCGGCAGUCUCUGCCAGUAUGUUAGUUCAAGGCCGCCCAGCUGCCCUCAGUCCUGAUGGAGAUGCUUGUGGAUCACAGAACUCAUAAAUACAUGCCACAAUGUGCGUAAGGGACACAAAUAUGUGACGCACUUAGAGAGGUGGGCAUCUCAAAUAAUCAAAGAUGGACAUCUCAUAUACAGCAGUGGAAGUGCCAUCCCUAAAAGUGAAAGGCAUGCGCAGGUGGUGUUCCGCUGUGUGUGCGUUUCUUUUUGUCUUAGUUUGAUCUCCAUUAUAUGGGGAAAAUUUGCCAGGCUUUGCAGGCUUAAAAGAAGUGUCUAACUGGGAAAAGGUUCUUUUUUUUUUUCUUUUUUGAAUGUGGUCACUCCUUUGUGGAUGUGUGUGGUCAGUGUCGUGGGUGGUUGCAACAAUGGAAUAAAAGCCAACUGGUUGGCUAGCCCACCCUGCACAAGACGCAUCAUUCAACCCUCUCUGGAACAUGCUAAGUCACAUUUGCAUCACCACUUCUGAGCACCCAAUGAUACCAUUACCUCUUGCACUAUUUUUGCCUUCUUUUAGACAGCUUAUUUAAGAAAGGGAAAGGGAAAUGUUCUGCGGCCUUCAAAUGUUUUUUUUUAUGAUGUAGGCAAGUGGUUGUUAGCCUUUUAUUUUUAAUUUGAAGAAAGAUAUAUGUAAACCAUAGUACUGAUAUUUUGAUUUUUGGACUAUUACAUUUUCACCACCAUGUAAACAAUCCACAGUAUGUCUUUAAUGAUUCAUACAGUUGCCUAUUUAGAUGAUUAAGAAUUGAUUUCGAUCAAAAUUUACUCUGCCACAACUAUUAUGGGUGCUUAUAUAUUUUUGUCAGAGUAACAAUCUCUCUUGAUUGACAAGGAUGUCAAUGUCUCUUUUUUGGAUAACACUGAUAUUGUAUGCGCUUUGCUGCACUUAAAGUUUAACAGAUUUCUUUAUUGCUGUGCUUUACCAAUGCUGUCAUGUUGUGCCACUUAAGUAGAUCUCUGACCACCCUGAGCAGAACUUGGCUCAGCUUUUGUGCAUUGUAAGGGGUUCACAGGGCAAACAAUGUACUGUAGCUUUACUAACCAGAUGCUUAAGGUUCCCUUCCACUGCUGCUGCAACACAGAACUAUAACUAAAACAAACUGUACAUCUGUCUGUUUUACUUAAUAUAACAACUUGUCUGCCACUUCCUCUUCACACUGCUGGUUGUCUUUGAUACUACUGACAAUAACAGUAGAACCACUUCUCAGUUCACCGACUCGGUCUCUAUUAAAUUCAUGAUGGAAGGCCAAUACCCUCUGUACUGUGUAUGUUGUAACCAGGGGAACCAGUGCAGAGAGAUCACCUUCUUUGCAUAGUCAACAGUAGACCAUGUGCGUUCAGAUUUGAUUGGGUGAAUAUUAUGUGUAUGGACCUUGAUAAUGUGACAAAAACAGCAUGACCUCGAUUUAGUAUACAGUGCCUUCCACUCAGGACAGUACCACAGAUUCCCUAACUGCACACACUACACAUUUAUAGAUUUCUGUUGAGGGGUAGGAUUAUCCAAAACCUGUUUGCAAGGAGUUGACACCAGUCUUAGUUACAUUGCUCUUCAUGGUGUGAUGUGGUUUAAUACUUACCCAACACCUGUUAUGCUUCCCUAAUUCAUUCUGACUUUUGUCUUGGGUUUGACUUUCAUUCACUCUAAACCCAUUCAGUGAAUUCUACCAAGUGGACCUAUGUUUCAUUGUUGCUAAGUUGUAGCCUUUCAAAUUUCCUGCCUGCUUUAUUAUUUUAAACUUGAAUGAUAUGUUCAUAUACUGUAUGGUUAGGGGGAAUCUGUUCUGUAGCUGAUUAGACGCUGCAAGACAAACCUCGUAUGUUUAGAACCAUUUAUUGAAAGGAAGACUGGUCCGUCACUUGUUUACAUCUUAGUUGGCAAUUUUAAAGAGAUGUAAGUGACAAGAAAAUGCAGAUUGGAUGCUGAAUGUAGUACACCUUGUGUGAGUAGGACAAAUGUAGAUGGCCUACUGUGACUACUCUAAAGAUAUUACUAUAGCAGUACAACUGGAAAGUGUUAAAUAUAGUGAUAAUCAGGUUUGGACUAUUUGGAAUAAAAUACUUUGUGCAGAUGCACUGUAGGGAGAGGCUUUGCCAUGUAAACUAGUUCCACUUUAUUUUCACAGCUUGGUUGUUUGUUAUUCUUUUUGCCUUAGGUUCAUUUAGCAUGCAUCAUUUGAUCUGAUAUAUACUUUUGAUGCAUAUACACGCAAAAUCUUACUUGACUUGAAAAUAAUCAUCGUGAUAUUACCACAAUCACAAAAUGUUAAUGAAAUCAAUGAAUUACAUAAGUAGGGUUCCCUCUGAGCACUGGAUAAAUAUAUAAAAUGAAAUCAAGAAUGAAUGUAUAGCAAUUUAAACAGCACUUAAAAACCUGUCUUAGAGGGUGGGGUGGUAUAGCGCAUGAGAAGAGGAUGAGUACUUAAAUGACAUUUGACUCCCAAGUUCCAAUGUUAGGCAGAUACACGCUUAUGUACUCUUGUUGGAGGCUAGGUAGUGACCCUUCACUUCCCAAAGAGGCUUGUUGCAACAUCCACUUCUCAUAGGCACAAAGUUCCAUUGCACAGCCUUUAUCAUUUUGGACGUUAUCUGGAUAUGUCUGUGGUAGACAAAAGACGAUUUAGAUUUGUUUGAUUGCACAUGUUGCUCUAUCCCACAGACUAUGGUUCUAAAACUGGGGGAUAAUAAAUGAGACAUGUUU